AAAAUAAUAAUUAUGCAUUGUCAAUAAUGUUUAAAAACAACUCAAGAUUACUUCAAAGUUGAUAUCAUACUUCUUUCUGUAAGAAUAAUUCUUUAUUCGAUUCAUUCAAUUGUAAAUGGUGGUACACAAAACAGAGAUAGUGCAUUUUCCAACAAAUACGUUGAAUCCACGCCGGCGGCUGAAUAGCUACAAUGUAUACUUCCAUAGAAGUUGUUCUGUUGAAUACGUUGAUAUGAUGUAUAUAUUGUCGUGUGGCUUAAAUAUGUCAUAGCGUCUUUUAUCAAAUUGAAAGUUGAUUGAAAUUUCGAUUAGAAUUUCUGAAAUAGUUUUUAAUUAAAUUGAAACUGUGAAAAAGACUAAGAAAAAAAUGACUUCCCGAUCUGAAAAAGAACGGAGUAAGCAAAUACAAGAUAAAUGUCAAAAUCUUCUAACACAAAUGCUCAGAGAUGAAGAUAACAAGUACUGUGUAGACUGCGAUGCUAAAGGACCAAGAUGGGCUAGCUGGAACCUUGGAAUAUUUCUUUGUAUUAGAUGUGCUGGUAUACAUCGUAAUCUAGGAGUUCAUAUUAGCAAGGUUAAAUCAGUGAAUUUAGAUACUUGGACACCGGAACAAGUUGUGAGUUUACAACAAAUGGGAAAUUCCCGUGCUAGAGCUGUUUAUGAAGCGAAUUUGCCAGACACUUUUCGUCGUCCUCAAACUGACUGUAGUUUAGAAAGCUUUAUACGUGCUAAAUAUGAACAUAAAAAAUAUAUAGCUCGAGAAUGGGUGCCGCCGGCCUUGCCAAAAGUUAAUUGGGAUAAAGAAUUAGACGAAGAGGCUGAAAAACAACGAAGACGGAAGAAAGAAAGUUUGAAAAAUAAUGUUAAUCAAACUGCAUUACCUCCAGUGAAAAAACCGGAGGUUGUUCCACAAUUGCCAAAACCCGGUAAUUCGGUUAGUCCAAAACUUUCGAAAACAACGAAUAAUACAGCUACCCUUGAUUUAUUGGGACUGGAUAAUCCAUCAACUCAACCUAAUACUAAUAGCGGCGGAUCUGGUGAUGAUAUUUUCUCUUCCUUUUUAUCUGCACCACCAACGUCGACAUUACAAACAACUAAUAAUAGUACGACUAAUGGUUCUACAGCGGAAACAACUUCUAGCACUGAAGCCAGCAAAGCUGACGAAGAAAGUUUCUUUAAUCAACCAGCCCCAACACCUCAAGAAAAAAGCAAAAUGACGAAAGACAGUAUACUUGCUCUUUACGGUACACAAACUCAACAACAAUCAGUUUUUGGUGCUAAUGUUGGAAUGUUUAAUCAACAAGCUCCAAUUCAACAACAGUAUUCUCAAUCACUAUUAAACGUUGGAACAUUUGGACAAAAUAGUUUUCCAAAUCAACAAAAUACAAUAAGUCAACAUAAUCAUGGAAUGCCUGUACACAUGACUAGCGGAUCAAACAAUCAAUUAAACUUAAAUGCUAAUCAAAUGAGUUUAGCAUCUAGUAUGCAAAUUGUAUCUGGCCCAAUAGGAACAAAUUUACCGAUGGCUCCAAUUAAUAAUACUAUUAAUAAUUUACCUAAUUCUACAGCAACGAUGCCAGCACAAAUGAUGGUUCAAAUGGGACAAUCGAAUAUUCCAAGCAAUAAUAGUUGGAGUAACAUUUUACCAACUCAAAACAUUCAACCAGCUCCUGGAAGUAAUCCUUUCUUUAAUUUAACAGCCCAAGCUCCUCCGAAUUCUGUCUUUGUAUCUCAGUUAUCUCAGCAAAUGUCUCAAAUAUCUAUGAGUGGUUUGGGAAAAUCAACGCCAGCUCCAUUGUCUGGUCAAACAUUAUCGACAAAUUUGUGGCAGUAACGAUUUAUUAAUUUAGUUAAUUUAUAAAUAAAUUAAGUUACGUGGUUAUUUUGAUGUUCAUGCAUUCUGGAAGAAAAAUUCUUUCAUAGACAUAAGAUAAAAAAUUAUUUCUAGAAAUAUGUUAAAAUUAAUAAAUGACAACUAUAAAAGUUGUUAAGUUAUCUUCAAUACAUUUACCUAAAUACUCCGUUUUACGGAAGGAAAUUGCUAUCGUUAAUCAAAUAAUUACAACAAAAAAACGAAAUAUUUAUAGAAACAUUCAAAACUAGUUUAAAAUAAUCAAAUGUCAUCUAGAAAUUUGUGUGUAAAGAGAUGUAAAAUUUUAACUUGUAAAAUAUGCACUUAUAAUGUGUAAAAAAAUGAAAAUGUAGCGAUGAAUAACAUAUUUUGAGAACAAGAUACUUUAAAAAAUGAAUAUAAAAUGACUAAUAUAAUAUAUUUGCAAUUAUUAAAAUAAAAUAAUUGUAAUAUUUUAUUACUUGCAAAAAUUGUGUUAAAUGACUCACUUUGUAUACGAGUAUGUUUUAUUGUAUUGCAGUAAAUGAGGAGGUUUUUUUAAUGUUAAUUAUGAUUAAGAGUAGCAAGGUAUUUGUAAUUUUAAGCAUAAAAAUGAAAAUAAAACGUUAAAAAUGCA